GUACCCGGUGGGACGGGUAUGGAUGUGGAUAUUGUACCCGCCACGGGUGGUGGGGCGGGGAUGGGUAUAAGAUUUUUAGGUGGGCAUGGGUAUGGAGGUAUCAUCAUCCGCAUCCGACCUGCCCCAUUGUCAUCCCUAUAUAGACAUAUACAGUAGUAUAUCCUUUACAAAAAAUAAAUAAAUAAAUAAAUAAAAAUUAUACAGUAGGUAUAUAAUAAAAUAAUUGUGUGCCUCUUUAAAUCAUCCUCUACAAUUCCAGUUGUCAAACUAAUAAACCCGUGAAAAAAAAAACAAUGAAAUAAUAUUGAUCAUAUUCACACUUUUCUUUUCCAGUUUCUCUCACUUUUUCCAUUACUUAUGGAAACUCUGUUUAUAUAACAACUCAUUUCUUGACUUUCAUUUUACACUAUUCAUCUGGCUACUUAGCCAGACAAAAACAAUGGAGUAUAACAAAUCAAGAUCUGUAAGGUUUCACGACGAAGUCGAAACAGCAGCAGCAUCAUCAGCAGCAGCACCAGGAAACAGAGAAAACAGAACCAACUUAGUACAAGUAAAGCAGAAGUACACUAUCGAUGGAACUAAGAUACCAUCAUCAGCAUCAUCCCCGUCAUCCCCGUCAUCGCCGUUAUCGUUGAGAACCAAGGUGCUUUCGAGAGUUUUCUCUGAAGAUUAUGAAAGGGUUAAGAGAAAGAUACAUGAUCCUAGAGGAAAGACGAUUAACAGAUGGAAUAAAGUGUUUCUUAUAGCGUGUUUGGUUUCAUUGUUCGUCGACCCGUUGUUUUUCUUCUUGCCUGCUGUAAAAGGAGACAUCAUGUGCAUUGAGAUUGAGAUGAAGUUGGAGAUUGCUCUUACUGUAAUUCGAACAAUGGCUGAUGUUUUUUAUGUUGUUCAGAUUUAUUUUAGAUUUCGGACUGCGUAUAUUGCUCCGUCUUCUCGUGUUUUCGGGAGGGGUGAGCUUGUUGUUGAUCCUAAGAAGAUUGCUCUUGGAUACCUCAAGAAUUGGUUCUUCAUUGAGCUCAUUGCUGCUCUGCCUCUUCCUCAGGUGUUGAUAUGGGGAGUGAUUCCGAACCUAAGUGGAUCAAUGAUGAUGAACACGAAAAAUGUGUUACGGUUUAUCCUGAUUUUUCAGUACUUACCGCGAUUGUUCUUGAUAUUUCCUUUAUCGUCUCAAAUAGUGAAGGCUACUGGUGUGGUUACUGAGACUGCUUGGGCUGGUGCUGCUUACAAUCUCAUGCUGUUCAUAAUGGCAAGCCAUGUUUUAGGAGCUUGCUGGUAUCUUCUGUCAAUAGAGCGAGAAGAGGCGUGCUGGAAGCACGCUUGCAGCCUCGAGAGUCAGAUGUGUCUAUACAAAUAUUUUGAUUGUAGGAGAGUUCAGGAUGCAGGCAGAGAAAAUUGGUUUAAAAUGAGCAAUAUAACAAAAGUAUGUGAUCCUGAUAAAAACAGCUACACUUUCGGAAUUUAUGGUGAGGCCGUGACUACUGGGGUUACCUCUUCACCUUUCAUCAACAAAUAUUUCUACUGUCUUUGGUGGGGUUUGAAAAAUUUGAGUUCUCUUGGGCAGGACCUUUCAACAAGCACCUCUAUCGGUGAAAUAGUUUUCGCGAUCAUAGCUGCAACUCUCGGAUUGGUCUUAUUUGCCCUCCUUAUUGGUAACAUGCAGACAUAUCUGCAAUCAACUACAGUCCGGUUGGAAGAGUGGAGGAUCAGGAGAACUGAUACAGAGCAAUGGAUGCAUCACAGGCAGCUGCCCCCAGAGCUGAAGCAGUCUGUCAGGAGAUAUGAUCAGUACAAAUGGGUGGCAACAAGAGGGGUCGACGAGGAAGCUCUUCUCCAAGGCCUUCCCAUGGAUCUACGUAGGGAUAUUAAACGUCAUCUCUGUCUUGAUUUAGUCCGCCGGGUCCCAUUAUUUGACCAAAUGGAAGAAAGAAUGCUAGACGCUAUAUGUGAGAGGCUGAAGCCUGCUUUAUGCACGGAAGGCACGUUUCUUGUAAGGGAGGGAGACCCUGUGAACGAGAUGCUCUUCAUAAUCCGAGGCCAUUUGGAUUCAUACACAACGAAUGGAGGCCGAACAGGCUUCUUCAACUCAUGCAAGAUAGGGCCAGGUGACUUCUGUGGCGAGGAGCUCCUAACAUGGGCUCUAGAUCCCCGGCCUAGUGUGAUCCUUCCAUCAUCAACUCGAACAGUCAAGGCCAUCUCAGAGGUGGAAGCCUUCGCUCUGAAAGCAGAAGACUUAAAAUUUGUGGCUGCACAGUUCAGAAAGCUGCACAGUAAGCAACUGAGACACAAAUUUCGAUUCUACUCCCAUCACUGGAGACUUUGGGCUGCCUGCUUUAUACAGGCAGCAUGGCGAAGACAGAAGAAACGACGACAUAAUGCUAGUGAGUGUAAAGCUCACGAAGACAUGUUGACAUAUGAGCAUGAUCAAGGGCAGUUAAGUAGUGAAGAUUAUGAUGUCAGUGGAUCAGGGUACUCUUUGUAUGCUAAGCGAUUAGCAUCAAGUAAAAGGAAGGCUGGUAACAAGCACUCGAGUAUGGAUUCGAGUAUUGGUGCAUUGCAGAAGCCAGCUGAACCUGAUUUCUCCGUUGAUGAGGACUAAACAUGCAUGUAUUGAGCUGUUUGUACAUUAUUCAUUGUUUCUCAUUAACACUUUAUUCUUCUUUUCUACCAUUAAUUAUAUAUAGCAAUUAGCUUAAUUAGUUACAAAAUCUAGCUAGCAAGAAAGUUGUACAAGAAUUAUUGUACUUUCAAAAAGAAUGAUACACCACACUAUGGUGUGGACUAAUUCAUCUAUAAACAAAAGCACAAAAGGUCAAAAGUAAAUUUGGUACUAUAAUGUAAUGGUGAUAUUACAAAUAUAU